GUUACGUUGUAACACUUACCAUGUUCAGCCAUGAUCAAAUUGCCUUGUGACUCCACGUAAUAAAAAUUAGUCACUGAGGGUUUUCCGUUUCGAUAUCUAAAUACAAAUUCCAGGCAGCCAUUGAGCUAUCUCGUUUUAAGUGUGUUGAUCUGAUUACGAAACAAAUGUCUCUCAGGUGAGAAAAUAUGGCAAUGAGUCAGGUGUAUUUUGCGUAAGAACACAGUGACAGAUAAGAGGUCAUCUGUGAAUAGUGCCUACAGGUGGCAGCAAAAACUUCCGGCAAGCCAAUUCAGGAGAAUACUUGAAUGUUACAAGUAAAUUGCGAUUAUGAGUGGCAAAACGAGUACAAAAAAGAAGGAAGAUGCUCCGUUUGAUUUAGAACAGCACUUCAUUUUAAGAAUGCCGCCAGGCCCAGCUAUGGCACUUAGAAGAGACAUUCAGUCAGGCUCCAUGGCUCUGAAGGACAAGCUGUUCAUAGACUUCCACCCAGACUCCAGACUUGGGCAGGUCAGAUAUGGUGGAGAUGUCUUUAAUGCAAAGUUGGUGGAUCUCCCAACCAUCACAGAAACACUGAAGACCACAGACAGAAAGACAUUCUAUAAGUGUGCAGACAUCUGUCAGUUAAUGAUUGCCACAACUGAAGAUGAGCCUGAGCCUGAGAUGCCAGAGCUUUCUAAGAAGAAAGAAGAAAAGAAAUACAUGUGGAAUCAUGGCUUGACUCCCUCUCUGAAGAAUGCUAGGAAGAAAAGAUUCAGGAAGAUCCUUAAAAGAAAAAAUGUAGAAGAAUGGCCAGACAUUGAGAAAGAGGUGAAGCGUUUGUUCCGCACAGACAAUGAGGCUGUUGACGUGAAGUGGGAGGUGGUGACAGAAGAGGAAGAAGAAGACAAGCAAGUGGUGACGGAGUCGGGACAGACUCAAGGAGCUGGAGGCAGUGUGGGGGCUGGCUUGUCCCAGGAGAGAAAACUACAGCUAGCCACGCAUGACAUCUUUGGUGAAGUCAGCAGCUCAGAUGAAGAAGAAGAUGAGAAAGAGGUCAACAUAAUGGACGUAGAUGAGGACUCCAAUUCCCAGUUCAUGCCUAACUUGUCAGGCCGUUCCUCCAGUAUGAUGCACAGUAUGGAUGAGGACUCCAUGCAGGGCGGCCUGUCACAGCUUACUUCUACACUGCAGGAAGACACCAUGGACCUUGAGAACAAGUUGUCAGAUUUGGGAAUGGAGCUGUCAGAACUUAGACAGCAGAGGGAAUCUUAUGAGGAACAGCUAGAAGAAAUAGACAAUGCUGAUGUUAGGGAGAGAAUUCAGAGUGCAUUGGAAGAUUUACAGCAACAGGAGAAUAGAAAGCAAGAAGAGUAUAAUAUCCUUGCUUCCAUGUUGGGUAAAACAUGAAGUAAGAAAGAGUAGAUGGCUGCAAGAAAUUAUGUGCUCACCUGUCCACUAGAGCAACAACUUUGGGUGGACCUUGGUCAUUUUUGACCUAAUAGUCCUUCAAGAAACAGUAUAUACUGUGGGAUGGCCAAUUAGAUGGAUAAAAGCAACAAAACUGACCUUAUGAGCAUUUAGUGACCAUAGUGAGCUAACACUCGCCUGUGCAUAAUAUUAUAUUGGCCACAGGAACUGUGCACUGGCUGAGCAUGAAGAUGGGUACAAGGUCUCUCUUAGUCACAGGAACUUUGUACUGGCUGAGUAUGAAGAUGGCACAAGUUCUUUCUCAGUCACAGGAACUUUGCACUGGCUGAGCAUGAAGAUGGGUACAAGUUCUGUCUUAGUCACAGUAACUGUGUACUGGCUGAGUAUGAAGAUGGGUAAAAGCUCACAGAAAGUGUUACCUUGCUGAUUAUGAACAUGGGUUUAAAAUGCCCUUUGAGUCUGUUUGUUUAUUUAUUUAUGUAUUUACUUUGGAAGAAUCUGUAAAAUGAUUCAUUAGAGAUGAGAUAUCCUUGUAAGGUUAGGUUACAAGGGAAUUCUACCAUGUGUCGUUAAUUCUUGAGUAAGAAAGUGAUACGUCAUUGUCAAUUUCAACAUAUAAAUUCCCUGAGUUAACAUUUGGGAAAGUUUAUCACUCAGGUAUGUUGAGGGUAUGACUUUGAUCCUCUUGCUGUUGGUUGGCUGUUAGCACUAACUUGAAUAUUUGAGUCAUUCUUCAACUUCAGAUUGGGUUUCCUUUCUUUCUAAAAAUAGCCUAAGCCAUAUCUUUGUAUACUUGUUUUCUUCUACCAAGAAAUAUUUCACAAAAAUUGUCAUUUCUCAGACCUUUCAAUUUUGCAACAUUCUCAUGCUCAUAUUUCCAUUUGUCAUGGCUACAUUUCACAGAUAAAAUGUAUUAUUUUGUUAUGGCAGUUGUAAUACCACUGGGAUAGGAAUUUUCUGUCAUCAUCAGUAGGUAAGGACUUACAAGGAAUUUCUAGUAGCCUAUCCUCUCUGCUAGUAGAUUUUAAAAAAGCUUUAUAUUGUUACAAAAUGUUAAUAAGUAAAGGCAAUUUUUACAGAAUUUGAAGUAGCUGUAAUUACACAGUUUCAACUUGCCUUUUUUGCAGGGUUUGUGAUAUUAUUAUUUAGCUUUGAUGAGAAUAGAAUUUUACUUUUCUCCCCACACCAUUUACAAGCACCUUGUUGAGUUUUCUUUAUUUUUUCUUAGUUUUUCUCAGGCAAUGAGCUGUGAUAUAGUGUG